CUCCCAGCUGUCCCUCUUGACUCGGGGAAUCGGAUCACAGUGUGCUAGUUUAUAUUGUUGUUGUUGUUGUUGUUGUUGUUGUAUGGAUCUAGUUAUUGAGUAUGUUGGACUGAUUCCCCUCCCGCAGAAGCUGUUACCACAGCCUGAAUAUCUUUCGUGACCCGCGCGUGCUAACUUCAAUCAGUUGGUCAAGUUAGGCUUGGGAAAUCCGAGUCAAAAAAAAAAAUGGCUACUAGAUCUAUCCCAGCGCCCAUGAACGAGACGGAGCAUUCCGUCACCCGGAUCACACGUGAGGGAAAGAAAAUUACCUACAAACUAAAUGUGAUGCAACAGCCUGAACGCGCGAGAGCCUGUGGUGCCGGCGCGAAAUCAUCUGCGGACCGUCGCCCCGUUGAUCCCCCGCCCGUGGUCGAAUUGCGCAUCUUCGAGUCCGACCCCAAUGACGACUCACAUAAAACCGACAUCACCUUUGCCUACAAUGCUAAUUUCUUUCUGUUUGCCACUUUGGACACUGCCCGUCCGAUCGCUCAGGGACGACUGGCCCCGGCCCCCAACUGCCCGGUUCUGACUGGUGUGCCGGUGGCUGGCGUGGCAUAUCUGGACCGACCAUCGCAAGCUGGAUACUUCAUCUUCCCCGAUCUUUCCGUCAGACACGAAGGUGUGUAUCGCUUGAGCUUCCACCUGUAUGAAGAAACCAAGGACAGCAAGGAUGCAACGGAGGGCGCGUCCAUCGUUCCCAACACAAUCCCAUCCAAGAUCUCGGCCCCUCAAUCGUUCUUGGAGUUCCGUCUGGAGGUGGUUUCGGUUCCGUUCACGGUCUUUAGCGCGAAGAAGUUCCCAGGGUUGACCACCAGUACGUCGCUCAGCCGUGUGAUUGCGGAGCAGGGUUGUCGUGUCCGUAUUCGUCGAGAUGUGCGGAUGAGACGUCGGGGAGACAAAAGGGCCGAGGAUUAUGAAUACGAGGAAGAAAGAGUCUACAGUAGCCGGCACUCCGACCGAUAUUCCACCCCGGACACAUACGCCACAAACCCUCCGGAACGUCCGCGCUCGACAAGUAUCAGCACCGUCGACCAUUCGUACCCUUACGGCUCGCAGCGCCGACCCUCGGGUCCCGAAUAUCCUCAUCAGAACCCACAACCCUAUUCACGCCCCAUGCCACAUACUCCUACUACCGCUCCAGCGGCAUCGUGUACGCCUGUUCUGCCUCCUGCGCCCGCCCCUGCUUCUAUGUCCUCUGCUCCCAUUGCUGGACCUUCUCCGGGUUCUGCUCCCUCUCCUGCUCCCUCUCCGGCUGCCCCCGCGGCCGCACCUCCACCACAUACUCCAUCAUAUCAAUCUCACCUGUCGUUUGGGGCCACUCAAACCCAGUAUCCGGCCCCCCAGUUGUCGCGGACUCCACAGCCUGCAGCAGCGCCAUCGAAUACAUACUCCCCUCGCCCGUCAUUUUCGCACGCAAGGAACUCUUCAUCCGGUCCCGAAUACGAACCAUCUUCAAGCUACCCCUACCCACAUCCAAGACUGCCAAACGAGCGUCCUGGUUACAAACCAGCCUUACCCCCUCUGCGACUGCCAAACACUCUUGCGAUGCCAGGAGGUGACGGGCCUCAUUCCCUCGGACAGCCUGGAGCUCCUCGGUCCCAGGCGCCGUCCAAUAAGGUUACUUCUCUCCCACCUCUGAAAUCCAUUUCGACCGAGUUUACUCCAACCUCGUCACACCCGCCCAGCAGCCUGGGCUCCAGCCCUUACCAUGACUUAGGUCCUGGCAAGAGCUUCCUUUGGGAAACCGGACAGUCCCUGACCAAACGGACCCAUGAGGAGUCCUUUGGUCACGAAGAGCGGUCUCUGUACAACGGCAUGCGGCCAGAUAGCGAGUCUUAUCCCGGCGGAAUGCAGCGCAGACCUUCAUUCGGGAGUAGAGCGGCACUGUUCGAUAGCUCUGAUCAGAUGGCCUACAAACGGGCCAAUGGACGAAUGGCUACUAAAAUUUCUCCGGCCAUGCAGUAGAUUCGUUGCUUUUGGAGUUGAUGGGCAUCCACCUCUCUCUGGCUGGUUACCGGUGUAUGGAACGGCGUCCGCUGCAUUUUGCGUCUUCCCUUACCCUGAAUUCAAAAUCGAAGCCCAUGGAGCAAUGGGCUUUUUGGUGUGUGUGUGUGUGUGUGUGUGUUUCCGAGAAACAGUUUCGACCCUUAUACCAUUACCUUCUCACUGCCUGUAUAUGAUUCUUAUUAUGUGUUUUUGACUUUUAUAUUUUCUCCCACCUUUUAUCUCUGUUAUAUUCCCCGGGUGUUACUGUCCGAUUAUAAUCGGGACGACUGGUUUUUUUCUGUGUCUUUUUUUUUUUUUUUUGAAGACGUUCCUACUUAAUCCAAUACUGGAUUUCCGACUGGCUUCACCUUUUUUAUGAUCUGACGGGGUGAUUUUAGAGCGAUCUUGUUCUGUGACGUGAACUGAUAGAUUUGUGCAAUACCACCAUGUCUUGAAUUCUUC